AACGUCCAUCGCAAACUUUUACAAUAUAUUGAACCCUUGCUUAGAGCUACAGCACGACUGUUUAUCUCUCCGUUAUUGCUGUGAUCGCCACCUAUCACCUCUUGUCCAUUUAGAUCCUGCAUAAGACGACCGGACCAAGGGAAAUGAAGACAACAACCGUUUGGUGUUUAGUAAUUGCUAUCUCAGUGUUAGCCGUUACCGAGUCCUCAAAAAGAAAUUCCACUGGGGAAUCGCCAAAUAAAGGAAAAAGAUUUCUCUGGGGCGGACCUCCCCCUUUUUUCGUUGGAGGCAAGCGUCCAGUUGGACUUCCUGACAUUAAUCGGGGCACAGAAAUCCAGCAGGGAACGCCCCCUUCUUUUGUUUCUCUCUUCGAUCCAACCACAAACACUCCUUUUUACUCAGCCUACAAAGUUUUACCCGCGCAGGCAGCGAGACUUGGCACGCAUAAGAGACCUAAACAAAAUUGGAGUGAUCCUCCAGGUGUUCCUGGUGUCGACGAUGCUUAUAAACAAGCCAACGUAGAAGCUCAAAACAAGUAUGGGAAUCAGAUUACCAGAGGCCAUAUGAAUCCCUCGGGUAUCAACUCCUUUGACAAAACUUACAUGAAGAAUACUUUCACUCUUGCGAAUGCUGUACCUCAGUUUGAGGCGUCAAACAGCGGACCUUGGAGCGAUUUUGAGAAUAAGAUAAAAGAUUAUGCCCAUAAAACCUGUGGGAGUAAAACCCGCCAAGGAACACUUUACCUACUGACAGGCAGAUCCGAAAAUGGC